CCCGUCCCCAACCCUAACCCAAAAACCAAGUAAACGGCCCGUAUGGCGCCUCUGAAAGCCGGUAGUUUUAUUUUAAAUGUUCCAUCGGGCUGUCUAAUGUAUAUUGUCUGGAAAAGUUUACGAAAAAGUUGUCUAGCGUAAACCCUGAAAGGGUUCAAAGUCCGAGAUGACGGGUUAUGACACGUACCUCCAGCUGAGUGACACCGCGACAGUGAAGCUCUAGAAGUGUUUGCACAGUGCUCCAUAGCCUCUCAACUACGAUCGCUCCUUCAGAAUUAUUGAAUCUUUUAACCAUGACCUUAGCUGAAAAAUAUGUGGGACUCAGCAAAUCCCUAAGAAUAUCAUUCAAAAAUUGCGGCUAUAUUUUGAGACCUGGAGCUGGUACCGGGUUAUGGCUUAUACCAUUGAUUCCAAUGGCACUCCUCGUCAGCACAGUAAAGCAGAUAUUAAGGAAUGAGGCAACAUUAUCACAUGUGUAUUUUGCCUCAACAGCUGUUAGCUGUGGUCUUCUUGUCACAACAUUAAUUUACCUCAUGAGAUUCAUGCCCAGUUAUGGCCAUCGCAUUGGAAAUUUUCUCUUUGCAAUACCAGCUAUUGGAACACUCUUAUUUUUGCUCUACACUCAAAGUGUCUAUGGUAACAGUUAUCAUGAUCUGAAAAGAGAAAAUGCAUGGUUUAGGAAAAGUUGUGGUAUGACAAAAUCUGCUCAUAUCUUCUCAGGUUUUGUUUUAAGUCUUCUUGGUGGAAUAAUGAGCACGUAUGGAAUUCUUGCGGGAUUACCCACCCUUCUGACUUUGGCUCCAGCUUGCUUUUCUAUUGGAGAAGCAGUUGUUGUUAUUCAUUCUCUUAUAAUAUUUCUGUAUAGCUCAGCUAUCAACGUAUGUCAUAUUGCAUUUUCUCAUGUUUCACUAAUUGCUGAUAUGGAUGUAUCAUAUGAGGCUGCUACUGUGAUUCUUCAGGUUGGCAUGGUAUUUGUGCUGCUUAUGCUAGCAGCAUUGGUUUCCCUUCCUAUAUUGAGAGAACCCCCGCAGUUUUUUAUUGUUUUAAGUACAGCUAUUCUUGGCACUGUGGUUUCUUUACACGGAUUGUUGGGUGGAAGCCCUAUAUUAUGGAUUCUUGUCAAUAUUACUCGAGACCAAGGCACUUUUAACAUAAUAUUAGCUUGGGUUUUAUUGACCAUCCUCGCUGUCGUUACUAUUUACCUUCAAGUAUCACAUGAAAAAAAGGCCACAACUGCUCAGCGCAAGGUGUUUCAUAUUUUGGCUGUUGUUGUAUUUGGAUCUGGUAUCUUGUGGACACCUGAUAUUCUAUAUCUAGCAAGUGGAGUAAUUUUUGCAUUAUUUCUUGUGGUUGAGGCAUCAAGAAUUUUAAAUAUUCCUCCACUUCAUGAAAUUUUAAAAAAUGGUUUUAUUUUAUAUGGUGAUGAGAAAGAUACACUCAUUGCUCUAACACCCCUCUACCUACUGACUGGUAUGGCAGCGCCUCUUUGGCUAACACCUUUGGAUGAUAUACCUAUUGCUCCAUCGCAAUUAUUGCCAUAUAUGGCAGGGCUACUUUCAAUUGGUGUAGGAGACACAGCUGCGAGUUUUGUAGGUUCUAACUAUGGAAAAUGGAAAUGGGAAGGUUCCAAUAGAACUAUAGAGGGGACGCUGGCAUGCUUUUUGUCUCAAGUUUUUGUUGUCCUGCUUCUUGUACAGUAUGAUGUACUACCUAGUGACAUAUUGUCUCUUGUUAGAACUUUUGCUGCCGUUGGUAUUACAAGUCUCAUUGAAGCCAAAACUGAUCAAGUAGACAAUAUGGUUCUUCCUUUGGUUCUCUACAUCCUAACUUAUUAAGUGAAUUUCCUACGGCAAACUGUAAAAAUAUUGUAGUCAAGAGAACAGUUAUUUAUGUCUCUGAUUAAACGUAAAUCAUUGAUUACUGUACCAAACGAUUCCAUACAUCAGAUAUCUAGUCAACAUCAUGUGUACUCUGUAUCACCUUUAGGUGAAUUCCACUAUUUUAGAAUCACUGGGAGAAAAACAGCUUUUUGUUUUUGAUGUGGAAUAAUUCUUUUACUGCUAUUAUUGAAGCAGAAUAUUUGCUAUCUAUUUUUAUUUUGUGUGUGUGGUAAUCUGUGAUAUUUAUAUUUCUUCCUGACA